CAACUUGUCCGUUGACUGCAAAAUGCUAUUGGAGUCAAGUGGUGAAGAUGGGAAACUGGUGGUACUGCGAUUGAUCUCCAGUUUCAUUUACACAAUUCUUUUGAGAAUAUUUCUUGCUGUCAGUUUUCUUUCUGAAUUGAUCCUCUCUUGCCGCAAAGAUGGGGAAUUGCUGCUCAGUCACUCUGCAAGUGCAAUGCGACGCCCUCAUCAAUCGCUGCCUGGACUGCACCUUCGGACGAGCAUCCUACCUUUGUCUCAUGGAAGAAAAUCUCAAAUCUCUCACAAACGCGUUGGAAGAAUUGAAAGCGCUGAAGAACGACGUCGAGGACAAAGUCGACAGGGCCGAGGCACAAGAACAGAGGAGGUUAGACCAAGUCCAGUGGUGGAUGUCGAGGGUUGCAGAAAUCCAAGUGGAAGUCGUCGAAUUGUUGAGAGACAAAGAUCAGGAGCUUCAGAAGUUAUGUGCAGGAGGGUGCUGCUCGAGUAGCUGCAAUUCAAGCUACGAAUACGGGAAAAAAGUGACCGAGAAGUUGAGGGAAGUCGAAGCUUUGAGUUUGAAGGGAAGGACUUUCGAUGAGGUAGCCGGGGACGCUCCGCCGCUACCGGAGAUGCGACAGAUGGACCACACUUUGGGGAUGGAGUCCAUGGUUGUUGAGCUAUGGAGGCAACUUGAGGAGCCAGAAGUGCGAAUUGUUGGGUUGUACGGAAUGGGAGGGGUGGGGAAAACUACACUGCUUGAUCAGAUCUACAACAGGUACCUCGGCACCCCGAAUGAUUUCGAUUUCAUAAUCUGGAUUCCGAUUUCAAGAAAUCACAGGAUUGAGAAAAUUCAGAACGAGAUUGGGAGGCAAAUCGGGUGUUUUAGUGACAGAUGGAAGAACAAAGAGAAGGAGCAAAAGGCUAACGAGAUCUUCAAGGCAUUGCGGAGAAAGAAGUUUGUGUUCCUUUUGGACGAUGUGUGGGAGCAGGUAGAUCUGAUCAAGGUUGGAAUUCCAAUCCCCGACGAAACAAACCGGUCGAAACUGAUAUUCACUACUCGCGACGAGCAAGUGUGCAGCAAAAUGGGUGGAAUAGGUGGUCGCAAGAAAAGAGUCAAGUGUCUUGAGGAGGAUGAAGCAUGGAAAUUGUUUAGGAUGAAUGUUAACGUUGCGGAAGAUGUGCUUUCUCUUGAUCCCGAAAUCCCUGUCCUGGCUAAGACUGUGGCAAGAAAGUGCGCCGGUUUGCCUCUUGCUCUGAAAAUAGUUGGCAGGGCAAUGUCUUGCAAGAAGACAGCAAGAGAAUGGAAAGGUGCAAUUGAUGUUUUGAGGUCAUCGGCUUCGAGAUUUGAAGGUAUGGAAGAAGUUCUCCCUCUUCUUAAGCUUAGCUACGACAAUUUAUCUAGCGACGAAGUCAAGGCUUGUUUCUUGUAUUGUGCGUUAUUUCCGGAAGAUUUUGCUAUUCAUAAAGAUGAGUUGAUAUACAAAUGGAUGGGUGAGGAAAUAUUGAAAGAGUAUGCCGAUGUAGAUGGAGCUCUAAACAAGGGUUACACUAUCAUCGGUACUCUUGUUCGUUCUUGUCUGUUGGAAGAUAUAAGAGGCCAUGUAAAAAUGCAUGAUGUGAUUCGUGAUAUGGCCUUGUGGUUAGCUUGUGAACUCGAAGAAACGAAAGACAAUUUUAUGGUUCAAGCUGGCCAUCUUUUGAAGGAAAUACCGAAUGUUGAAAAAUGGGACGGUGUGAAAAGAAUGUCAUUGAUGGCCAAUGACAUUGAAAAUCUUGACACAAUACCUUCAUGCCCCAAUCUACAUACCUUGUAUCUCAGUAAUAAUCGUCUGAAGAUGAUCGAUCACAAUUUCUUCAAUUCUAUGUCCACCCUACAAGUUUUGGAUUUGUCCAAGAACAAGGAUUUAGCCCAGCUGCCAUCAGGAAUAUCGAAAUUGGUUUCGUUACUAUAUCUUGAUCUUUCAGAGACAUGCAUAGCAGCGCUUCCAAUUGAGUUAAAGGCAUUGGUGAAGCUAAUAUAUCUGAACUUGGAGCAUACCAGUGAACUUGAUGUGAUUCCGCAGAAUUUACUCUCUAGCUUCUCGAAACUCAGAGUUUUGAAACUAUAUAAUAGCGGUACUUGCAAAAGCAUUCUUGGGGAUAAUGCGCACCUGGAAAGUGAAUUGCAAGGUUUGAAGCACUUGGAUAUGCUAACCUUUACCAUACAAACUGAUCUUGAAAGGUUUUUCGCCUCCAACAAGCUAAUGAGCUGCACUCGUUUUCUAUGCCUUGACGGUUUAAGCUUGCUUGAUAUAUCACCGUUGGCAUAUAUGAAACGUGCAUAUUCUCUUAUUAUUAACAGUUGUGGUCGUGUGGAGUACAACUUAGAUGUUUUAAGCCAAAGUUCCUUCAAACACCUUGAAGCUGUGGAUGUACAUGAUUGCCCCAACUUGUCGGACUUGACAUGGCUCGUCUUUGCUCCAAAUCUCAAGACAUUAUCCAUACGCUCAUGCUCCAACAUGACAGAAAUAAUCCGACGAAAAUUGGGUGAAAUUGCCCAAGUAGAUGAGAUGAAUCAAUUUUCAAAGCUUGAUGAAUUGAUAUUGGUAAGCCUACCACAGUUGGAGAGCAUAUACGGAGACAAAACCUUGCCCUUGUAUCUGAAGAGAAUCGAAACCCGUGGCUGUCAAAAGUUAAAGAAGCUUCCCCUCAACCUUCGCAGCGUCCCGAAACGUGAUCUUGUGAUCACUGGAGAACAAGAAUGGUGGAAUAUGCUCCGUUGGGAGAGUGAAGAUGAUAAGAAGGCUUUCCUCCCUUGUUUCAGACAAUAUAAGUAAGCGGUUUAUGAUGCAGGAGCCAUGUUCAUGGUAAUUUUCAUUUCAUAAGUGCAACUUUACACAUGUAUUUAGGCUCGUUGUUAUGUAAUCUUGUAUUCAUUGUCAUUGAGUACCUCUGCAUCACAUGAUCAAUGUGUUAGCUGUGAUACCGGAGUUCAGAGAGUCCGGAUUUCUCUUUCGCUUCUUUUCCCUUACUCUUUUGUUCCAUAUGCAUCAUCUGCACUUUGUAACUACAAUCCAUGGUUGUACUUUUUGUUACUUCUAUUUAUUUCAAGAGGAAAGCAAUCUGAUUUCAGAUGUAAA